AUGACCAAAGCAGAUAAUCAUCGUCACUUAAAUGGUCUGGUUCUCGAGUGGGGUCUCAAUGUAAUAGCUGGUAUAACAGUAGCGUUAACGGCUAUACCUCAAGGAAUUGCUUACGCAGUCAUUGCAGGACUACCCCCAGAAUAUGGACUGUAUGCGUCGCUAACCGCCGGAUUGGUUUACGUGGUCUUCGGAAGCUGCCACAAUGUCACAGUAGGCCCUACAGCCAUCGUCGCCACAAUGACAGCUAAAUAUGUUGCUGACUACUCAGCAGAUUUCGCCAUUCUAACUGCCUUCCUAUCUGGAAUCUUCAUAUUUAUCAUGGGUAUCCUCAAUCUCGGUUUCCUCGUCGAAUUCAUAUCUAUGCCAGUGAUUAGUGGAUUUACGACUGCUGCUGCACUUCAGAUUGCCGCUUCACAAUUGAAAGCAUACUUCGGAUUGAACGGGACAUCAGGAACCUACUUCUUGGAAUCAAUUCAGAACUUCAUCACACACAUAAAUUCAGCAAAACUUUGGGAAGCCGUGCUAAGUUCAGGUACAGUAAUAAUGUUAGUAUUGUUAAAGAAGAUGGGUCAAGGCUGCAAGAGAACUGAUGGAUUUGCAAAACAAAUGAGAUGGUUUCUAUCAUUAUCAAGAAAUGCUAUAGUCGUAAUCGUUGGAAUGAUUAUCGCAUACAUUCUAAAAGUGACCCUUAACUCGGAACCUGUUCUGUUAAUUGGCGAUAUUGGAAGUGGACUCCCGAAAUUUGGCGUGCCACCAUUCAGCACUGUUGUUGGUAAUCAAACAUACAAUUUCCGAGAAAUGAUUGAAGUUUUAGGAGUACAGUCUGCAGUCAUACCAGUGAUUGCAAUUUUAGAGACUAUUGCUAUCGCUAAAGCCUUUGCUGUGGGUGGCAGAAUCGAUGCCACACAAGAAAUGAUAGCUGUCGGACUUUGUAACAUCAUUGGAUCUUUCGGACAAAGUAUGCCCAUCACUGGUUCAUUUACAAGAACAGCCCUGAACCAUGUCUCUGGCGUGAAAACGCCUGCCGGUGGUCUGACCAACGUCUUACUUCUGUUUGUGGCUUUGACCUGUUUAACUUCAGCUUUCUACUACAUACCAAAAGCUUCAUUAGCUGGCCUCAUCAUAACUGCUAUGUUCUUUAUGAUUGACUACGAGAUGUUUGGAAAAUUAUGGAGGAACGGAAUCAAGGACUUUGUUUUAAUGAUGGUAACAAUGUUCAUCAGUUUGUUUGCUGGAUUAGAAUACGGCAUCAUUGCUGGAAUUCUUCUUGAAGCUCUCUCGUUAUUGUAUUAUGUCGCAAGACCUUCUUUAGAAGUUAAUAGAAUAAGGUACGAAAAAGGAGAAGUCAUGGUGUUGACACUAUGUGAAAACAUGAGCUAUUGUGCUGCAGAGCACUUACGUAGAAAGAUAAUGGACACUUCAGCAAUCAGUACCAACAUACCACUAGUAAUCGAUGGCAUUGCGUAUGCAGUCAUAGCUGGACUUUCACCUGAAUAUGGACUUUACGCAUCUUUGACCUCUGGAGUGGUUUACGUGAUCUUUGGCAGUUGCUACAAUGUCACCGUGGGGCCAACUGCUAUACUCGCCGCUAUGACAGCGAAAUACGUAGUGGACUAUUCAGCUGACUUCGCCAUCCUAACAGCCUUCUUAUCAGGAGUCUUCAUGUUCAUGAUGGGUAUCCUUAAUCUCGGUUUUCUAGUGGAAUUUAUAUCAAUGCCAGUGAUCAGUGGAUUUACAACUGCAGCAGCCCUACAAAUAGCUGCUGCACAAUUGAAAUCUUUCUUCGGACUGAAAGGAUCAUCCGUUAAACUGAGUGUGACCACCGGAGUGAUACCACGGCCUCACAGAAAACCGGCGUGUGACAAAAACAACGUUGUGUUUCGCCGUGUGAGUGAGGUUACCGGAGGCCCAAUCCUUCCCCUACCCCAAUCCCUAAAUCCCCAAAAUCCCAAUCCUUAA